GAAAGCAUAUAUAUAUAUAUAUAUAUAUAUAUAUAUAUAUAUAUAUAUAUAUAACUUCAUAAAUGGCUGCUGCUUCUCUUACUUCGAUCAGCCUACACUCAUCUGCAUCUUCAGCAAUGGGGUUGGCUUCAAAGCAGUGCCAACAUAAUAAUCACACUUGCUGCUGGCUUACGGAGAGAUCAGUAAGAUCCUCCUCCACAAGGCAACGGUUGUCAUCACGGGGCCUCAAAAUCCGCAGUGCAGCAACAAAACAAGUCAAAUCGCCAGCUGAAGAGGAGUGGAAGACUAAGAGGGAAGUUCUGCUGCAGAACAAGGUAAGGAGUGUGGAUGUAAAAGAAGCUCUGCGACUUCAAAAAGAAAACAAAUUCGUGAUUCUCGAUGUCCGGCCUGAAGCAGAAUUUAAAGAGGCUCAUCCCCCGGGUGCUAUUAACGUGCAAAUAUACAGGCUUAUAAAGGAGUGGACAGCAUGGGACAUUGCCAGGCGUGCUGCAUUUGCAUUCUUUGGCAUCUUUGCUGGCACAGAAGAGAACCCUGAGUUCAUACAAAGUGUGGAAUCACAACUUGAUAAGAAGGCAAAGAUCAUAGUGGCUUGUGCCGCCGGGGGCACAAUGAGACCAACCCAAAAUCUCCCAGAAGGUCAACAGUCAAGAUCACUGAUAGCAGCCUACUUGCUUGUCCUCAACGGUUAUACCAAUGUGUUCCACUUAGAAGGAGGGCUUUACGCCUGGUUCAAGGAGGGCCUGCCAACAGUUGAAGAAGAAGAAGAAGAGUAAAGUGGUGGUUUGGAAGGAAGACCAUGCUUCAAAGGUGGCCUUUGUUUUGUCCAUAGAUGAGUGAGUGCGUGCGGAUGAUUUCUUUGCCUAACUAACAGCACUUGUGAAUUCUGAUGCAAAUCUCUUAAUUGAAAAGGUUUCCAUGUGGAAUUUUGAAUGUUCUUGUAAUGAAAAUAUCAGCAAUAACUUAAAGCA